UUGAUUUUUCAGCUACACACACACAAACACACACCCGUAAUAUUAUUAUACUGCGUUUUCCGCGAUCGCAACUGACUUUCGUUUCAAGUUCCUUAUUUAAUAAGAUAUCGUUUAUUUUUCAGUCUCAGGCCCCGACACACGUCCGAAAGGAAGUUUUUGCUGUGACAAAAUGGAUAGUGCAGAACCUCUUCGUUACCGUAAUACAUCUAAUCACGCCGAGUUAUUUGGUCUUUCGAAUUUAAAUCUCCAGCCGUACGAAUCCAACGCAAAUGCUAAAGAAAACAUGGAAGAAAUGUAUCACACGCUUGUGUUGAAGGUCAAUUCACUUAACGGCGGACCUGAAGAAAAAAAUUUAAAUUCAAAACUGGCGGCCGCAUGCUAUCAGUUAGGACGAAUAUACUACGACAUUGGAGAAAAUCCCGCAAUGGCCGAGUCUAUGUUUAUCAAGGCCAAAAACACUGUUGAAGGUCAUGAAUCAGAAGGUGACAACAUAUUGAGCGUCAUCAACUCCCUUAAUAUGCUGGCAUACAUUAAGGAAAAGGAUGACGAAAAUCACGAGGAAGCUUUAAAAUUCUUACUGGAAGCAGAUAAUGUAUACCAAAAGUACAACGAGGAGAGGUCGGGACCGGCCACGAUCCCCUCUAAGCUGCUGCCGAAUUGUCCGAGAAAACGCAUGAUCACGAGUAAGAAUCCUCUGAUAAGUGCACGACUGUUUUCACUGUUCUAUAUCAUUGAGGUGUACAAGAGCCUAGGCCUGAUCACCGAAUCGCUUAUCUCUACACAUUUUACACUCAAGCUUCAACUGGAAAACAAUCUGUACUUGCAAAGCCCUCUGGAUUGGGCCCUGUCUUCUGCCCUAGUUGCGAAUUUGCUUGUCGAACAGAACGCCUACCAACAGGCCAGGCAUCAUUUAGCGGCAGCAUCUACGUUCAUGGAAAAAAUUAUACCUAGCAAAUUCAUCAAUCUAUUCAAUUCAGAAACGUACAAACAAUACUCAGCAGACAUUGCGCGUUGUUGGGCCAGAUACGGACUGAGAUUACUGAAGAAAUCCAAGUCCAGAUUGUUGAAGCAGAAGACGCAUAGACAACCGCUUGAGAUCUUUAAUAAUUUAUUAUUCAAGAAUUUCACCAUGUGGAACGAAGAACGCGUGACACGGUACUAUGUGAAUAAUUACGAGGACGCGCAAACGUUAGCUAACCACACAUUGGUAAACCUUACUGCUACGAAAAAGUAUUAUUCGUUUGAAAAGACGGCCAUUUACCACACGGAUCUAUGCAUGGACACAUGUGUCGUGUACAAACUAUUGUCCAAUUUUCAAGACAACCCAGACAAGAUGGGAAAGCUUUUACAAAAAAAGGAAUCGUGGACUUGGAGUUGGUGGCCAAUAGACUCAACGAGGAAAAUUGCAAACAUCUGCAGACGCAUUUGGUACGAAUUAGGAACAGUGUAUAGCGAUAUGAUGGAUAUCAAGUACGAGCGACAAGUCAGGAAUAAGCUGGUGCUUACGGACGUCGCGAUUAAGAAGAUCAAUCGUUACGCGACGUCUGCCAUCAAAUAUUAUUUGAGAUUUGUCGAAUCGUUUUACGUGCAAAGAAAGUUACCAGAAUAUGUGAGCGAUACAUUUGUGAAACCAGUGUUGUUAGCUCAUAUGCACAUGGCUAGAUGCAAUAACAAAAGGAUUGUCAAUCAAAAGAACGUUAAAUUGGAGAUUUUGUUUCAGUGUAAACAAUACUACCAGACUGUUGUGGAUUACUGCCAGAGAGAUCCUAGAGUGGAAGGUAUGAUGCCGAUCGAGAUGACAACUUGCAAAGGACUAUUGCAGUCGAUGCCAUCAAGGGUAGAUCAACUGCUCAAGACCAAAGGCCCAGUAAAAUAUUACGUAUAAUAUUCUAAACCAAAUAACAAAUCAAGUGACUAUAAUAGUAAGAUCUUUAAUUUAUAUAACAUAUAAAUGCCAUUUCCCUACUCUCAAACAGUCAAUAUUAUGUAUUUUUUUAAUUUUUUAAUUUAUAUUAUUUUAUAUAUUUGAAUAUUUAGGUUUUCAUUUGAUACAAAUCUAAGUAGAUAAGUAUUUAUUAAAAUAUUGCAAAGAUUGAGAAAUUAUUUAACCUUCUAAUAAACAAUAAACUCAACACAUUAUAAUAAUACUCAUGAUCAAUUUUUGCCAUUUUGAAAAUGUUUAUUGUUUGGUUUAUUGCUGUUAAAUAUAGUCCAUGGCGUAGCAUUAAAAUCGGGCUCAGGAUUGACAUUUUCAGAGGUUCCCUGUUAUAAGGAUAGCCAUAUACCUUUAUGGUGGGUGCUGUGAGAUUUAAAGGUUAUUAUAAGGUAUAUGUUGAUAUCGGUAAUAGAUGGGUAGGUACUUUGUCUCUUAUAAAAAUCUGCAUCUUAAUCCUUGUAAUAUACCAGCAUUUAGUUUUGAUCUGAGAGAUGAAAGAUUUAAAAGUUAAACCGACAAACUUUAAUUGCUGUUAUUUAUCUUUUAAAGACUAAUUUAUUUGUAUUUUAAAAGACUGUUAACACGAUACAUAUAUCACAAUUCACAAUACGUAGGUAAGUAUCUACAAAUAUUGCUGCACCCUCCAAGCUCCAAUUGCUCAAUAGUUACGCCAUGUUGACACAACUCCUAUCUACUGUUUUGUAUUAAUUAUUGCGUACAAUUUUUAUGUGUGUUAAUUGUGUAUUGUACUAAAUAUAUGGUUUAUAUUAUAUCCUUAAUAAAAUAUGCUAGUAGGUAUUAUGCUGUUGAAAAAACUUAGCCAAUUUAUAUAGGCUAAAGUAUUCUGAAAUUGAUUGUACUAUUUAAUUAUUAAUUUUAACAUUUUAUUUAUUUGUACCUACGAAUAAUGAAUAAUUUAUGUACCUACCUCCUUUAAAUGUUAGUAUUAGCAUAGAAAAUUUACUUACAUAGUGACACAAAGUGUGUUAGUAGUUAUAAUACCUACUAAAUUAUUAAUUAUAACAAUAAUUACCUACUGAGUUUUAUAACUUCAAUUUGAUAUUCUAAGUAUUUAUUGUCAUGUUAUGAGUAUGACUUAUGAUUUCAUGAACUUUUUAUAUCUUUAUUGUAUUGUUACAAAGAACUAUUAUAUAGACUACCAUUAAUGAAAAAACUAUAAAACCUAUAUUUAUUAAAUAAUUUAGCUAUUUAGUUAGGUACCUACUGAUGAAAUAUCUUAUAAUAUUAAAAUAUACUAUAUUAAUAUAAGCUUUAGUAUUGUACUAUAUACUAAAGCAUAAAAUAUAAAAUGGAAACCUUAUAACCCAUCAUAAUUUACAAUGUAUCGUUAAUAAUGAUUAAAUGUACCUAAUUAAUAGUUAAUAUUUAUCUGAUAAAUUAUAUAACCUUUUAUAUUAUAAUGUACCUAACCUAUUGGAUAGUAUAACCAUUACUUAUAUCUCUUUGAAAUUGUAUGUAAUGCAGAUCAAUUUUUACUGUUGCUUUACAGUAAAUUCUUAUUAUGUUGAACGUCGAUAUUUCAAAUUUUUUGUAAUCUAGAAUUCAAUUGAAAUCUUCUUAAAAAAAUUACCAUUAUAAUAAAACUCAAUAUCUUGAACUUUUUUCUGUUCUCUUUGGGUUACGACAUAACAAGAGUUUACUGUAUAUUAUAAUUUGUGGUUUGUAGUAACUAAUAAAGUAAUAAGUAAAGUAUAAUACCUAAUCAAUAGUUUAGUACAGCCUUGAUGUUUACCUAUAAUUUAAUUGGAGAAUUAAAUAAAACAUGUUUUUAACAUCAUA